AUGGCGGAUUCGGAUCACAAGUUGUAUCAUAUUGAAUUCUAUGAAGACCGUAUCACGACUACCGUAACCGGAAGCCCCCAUAUCGUCGAUCAGUGGAUUAACGAAACUUAUUACUUGCAUGGCACUGGCAGCCAUGAGAUGAACUUGUUUGUAGGGCUCGACACCGAAUGGCGCUUCGACCCUGAAGCUCAUGAUUACCAAGUCGCAAUCAUUCAACUCUGUGACGUUCGUCGCCGUUGCCUCAUCUUCCAGUUUUCUCAGCAAACCCAAACCGGCGAGAUAGUUAACAAUGCUCCUCCUCAUUCUCUCACCACUUUUCUGGCCGACCAAAACAUCAGCUUUGUUGGCAAGCAAGUUAAGGAGGAUGUUAAACGUUUGGCUCGUUUGGGAUUGCAUGUUUCACGUGCUGUGGAUGUGUCUCAUAUGGCCGCCGAAAAGUACAGAGACAAAAGCCACAGAUGCAAGGGACUUAAAACCUUGGCCAUGGAGUUCCUGAACAAGGAGAUGAACAAGCAUAAGGAUAUCACGCUGAGCCGUUGGGACGUUGAGCAACUAAGUCUUGCUCAAGUCGAAUAUGCUUGCAUUGAUGCCUUCGUUUCGCUUCGACUCGGAAUCCUACUCAGUACUACUAAUGAUCAGCUGGAUCAUCAUCAUCCCAUCAAUGACAUAAAACAAAGCCAGCAUGCUGCCCUGUCUAGCUAG